GAGAGAGAGAGAGAGAGAGAGAGAGAGGUGAACAGUUCUGUUCUCUCAGUAAAGAUGUGGCUCUGUGUGUUUCUGCUCUACUCUGUGCUGCAGGAAUCUUCAGGUUGCACUGUAGAGCGAGGAGUGGGAGCAACCAUCACCAAAUCUGUGGGAGAUUCUGUGGUGCUGCUGUGCUCCUGUACAAAACAAACAAAGGUUAAUCCACAGACAGUGCAGUGGGGAUAUAGCAAGAAGUUCGUAGGAGGCGACUACACAGCUGAACACUCAGUGUUUCUAAAGAACGGCAGUCAGAAUCAGCGCUACAGAGACAGAGUUCAGAGACUGAACCAGAAUAAACCAGGAGAUUUAUCUCUAAUCAUCUCUCACCUCACUGAGGAAGAUGAAGGAACUUAUCUGUGUGGAGUCAAAGGGAAAUAUAACAGAUCUAUCAUUCUCUAUGUCAGAGGCUGUGCUGUGCUGGAACAAGGGGAGAGAAUGUUCUCCAGAUCUCCAGGAGAGUCUGUUCUGCUGCCCUGUCCCUGUCCCACAGACCAACACAAGAUCAACCCUGACAGAGCUGCGCUCUGUCAGAGAUUAAACAGACUGUUCCAGUCAGUAGAUCCUCAGGAGAGUCUAUUCUUCUGUCCUGCACCUGCACUGACCUGCAGGACAGACCUGAGAGAGUUCAGUGGAGAACACCAAACCAUGAAGAUCUCCUUCAGCACUACAGUGGCCGAGUUCAGACGUUGA